AUCUGUAAUUUGAUAGAGCUUACCUCAAAGAAUAAAGUUACCAGUUAUUUUUUCUAAAUUGUAUUUUUUUUAAGAAGUUGAGAUUUUAAGUGUUACAUUUUUAGUUCGAAUGGUUAAAAUUUUAAAUUUUUUAAUCAAAGAAAAUAAGUUAACCCAUAUGCAGUUAGUGGAUCAGAAAGGACUGUAAACAUAAAGAGGGAGUUCACGCCCAAUGAGUUAAUUAUGAUUUUGGCAAAGCCAUUUUUAACUUAGUCCUUCAUUAAGAAUGAUGUCUAAAUCUCUGCGGCUCUGCCCUUCUAGCCUAAAACGUUUAACAUAAAGCUUUAGAUUUGUAAGAAAUUUGAUUCUAGAAAUUUAAAUUAUUUUUUGUAAUGUAAGUAUAAAUGGUUUGGGUUUGGGGAUGAUAAUUUUUUUUAAAAAAAACUUUCGUCUAAAAAAAUGGUUAAAGUUUUAGUACUUGGAGCCACAGGGUUCAUAGGAUUUUCUGUAGCUCAAGCAUUAGCUCGUUCAGGACAUGAAACAUUUGGGUUAUAUCGUAAAGUCGAAAAAACAAAAGAAUUAGCUAAAAAUGAAAUUUUUCCUAUACUUGGAGAUGCAGAUGAUGUCUCAACAUGGAUUUCUAUAGCAGAACAAGUUGAAGUGAUAAUUGAUGCGACAUCACCAUUCAAUGAUGGAGAAAAACAUACAAAAAUUAUAUUAGAUGCAGUAUUUGAAAUUGGUAAAAAAAGAUUUGAAAAUAAUGAACCAAAAUUAACAUUUAUUUAUACUUCAGGAAUUUGGGUAUAUGAUGGAAGUUCAUAUAAUGUAAAAUAUGAAUCAACAUCAUUGAAAACGGAUAAAAAAUUGAUGACUUGGAGACCAUCAAUAGAAAAAGCCAUAGUUGAAUCAAAAUUUAUUAAUGGUAUAGUAAUUAGACCUGGAGGUGUUUAUGGUAAAAGUGGUAGUUUAACAGCAUUAUGGUUUGAAGGUGCAAUUAAAGGAGAAUUAUUUGGUAUUGGAACAAAAGAUGUUAGAUGGUGUUUAGUACAUGUUGAUGAUUUAGCUGAUUCUUAUUUAAGAGCUGUGGAAAGAGCUGAAUUAAUUAGUGGUCAAAUUUUUAAUAUUAUAAAUAAUCAAUCAGAUUCAAUCGGUGAUAUUUUAGAAGCUGUUGCUAGAAUUACAGAAUACAAAGGAGAAAUUAAGUAUAAAAGUCCUACAAAUGAAUAUGAAGAAGCAAUGGCAAGUUCGGGAAUUUUUUCAAAUAAAAAAGCUCAAACUAUACUUGGAUGGAAUCAACGUCAAUUAGGCUUUAUUGAUGGAAUUAAUAUUUGGUGGAAUAGUUAUAAAGCAUAUACUCAAUAAUGUUAAAUUAUAUUUAGGAGAAUAUAUAUUAAAUAAAUAAAUGCAUUAUAUUUUCUAUAGGGUUUAUAUAAUGUUUAUGUACGGUAAUAUUGACAACACUUGAAACAUAAUAAUUUGAGCAUUCCUCAGUAAGGAUAACUUUUUUUCUUGUUGGAAAAAUUUUUUUAAUCAAAGAAAAAAAGAUAGAUAGAGUUGACCCAGUUAAACUAAUAAAGUAUUAAGAUUAUCAUUACUACCCAAUAAAAUAUUAGAUCUUUAAUUUUUGCACAAUGCUGUCAUUAAAGGUGUCGCAAGAAAGGCUCCCAAUCUACGUGAGAGAACUAAAAUAUGUAUGCGAUUAGCGGGUCAAAAAGAAUGAGUACCGUAAAAAACACAAAAGGGUGUGAAUAUAGUGAUAUAGUAACUGUUAACAUGAUUUCGAGAUUUU